AUUUGCGCAGAGCCUAAUACGUCACCAAACAGUGGUUUCACAACACGGGAACUCAGACGUCAGUGGUUACGGUCUUUGGUCCAUGUUAGUCUGUCGAAAUACACUUAAAACAAAACCAACAACACUCUAAUCCAUUAUGAAGGUACACGUACCAUGAGAGAAGUGCUUUGGAGCUUUUUAUUAAACGGUUUAAAUCUCUCACGGACCGUCUGAAGACUCAUUUCUAACCCUUUGGAUAACAGAGCAGGCUCUAUUUAAAAAAAAAAAACAAUCAGAAAAUUUCACAAAUGGACUUCCUUGUCACAAAUGUAGCAGAGCUCCUUACUGCUGCAGUACAGGAAGUGUUGCAGCUCAUGGGUCAGGCUGUAUCAGAAUAUCAGAAGGAAACUGCCAGAACACGGCUGGAGAAUCACAAGCUGCAGAUGAAGCUAAAAGAACUUCAAGUGCAGAUGGCACUGGAUUCAGAUGACACUCAUUCAGAGGAGCAUCUUGAGGCGGAAGAUCUCGUUUAUCAUGAAGAAUCAUCAGUGGUAGAGAAAGAGCAGCCUGACAGCUUGAGUGACAGGAUGUCAUUUAUAGAGGAGAAUUCAUCUCCUGUCCAUCUAAAGCUAGUUUUAAAUGAGCUUCCUGUAGAGGAACACUGUCAUACUCCACACAGAACCUGUGCCGUUUCUUUAAAAAAGCAAAGACUUUCACAAUUACAGAGUAGCCCUCUGAGAUCCCCAAACCGUUCAUCACCUGGCAUCAACGAAGUGACCUGCAACCCAGAGAAACCAUUAAACAUAACUUCAAGCAACAUCAAAGUGGAAUCAAAACCAGAGCUUCUGGGUUGCUCAUAUACAGAAGAGACAACAGGCAAUGUGACAACAGAUGCUCCUGCUUUUAGCAUUCUUGAAGCUGCUUUAUUUAAUGAACGCAACCAGCUGCCUGUCUCUACCAGUGUGGUUUCCCAUAACCAAACGCAUAAAUUGAUCAAUUCAACCUCUGCCCUUUCUGAACACAUACUUAGGUCGCGAAUAGAGAAUACAGUGGACGUUAACAAUGCUCUUACUAUCAGUGGCAGGAGGGAGAGUUCACACAGCUGCCACGUGUGCGGAAAGACGUUCGCAAACUCAUCCAGUCUCGGAGCUCACUUUGUGUGCCAUUCGAACGAGAGACCUUUUGCUUGCAAGUGCUGUAACUUUAGGUUCAGUCGUUUAGCUGACCUGAAAAAGCAUGAGCGCAUUCAUACAGGUGAAAGACCAUACAAAUGUUCUCUCUGUGGACGGAAAUUCAACCGAACGGAGAAUCUCAAGAGACACUUAAGGAAGAUUCAUUGUGGUGCAGUGAUAUGACAAAAUUGUGAAUUAGAGGAUAAAAGACAUGCAAAUCACAUUUUUUAAAAUAAUUUUAAAGGGACACUCCACCUUUUUUGAAAAUAUGCUCAUUUUCCAGCUCCCCUAGAGUGAAACAUUUGAUUUUUACCGUUUUGGAAUCCAUUCAGCCGAUCUUCAGGUCUGGCGCUACCACUUUUAGCAUAGCUUAGCAUAAUCCAUUGAAUCUGACCAUUAGCAUUGCGCUAAAAAUAACCAAAGAGUUUCGAUAUUUUUUUUUAAAAACUUGACUCUUCUGUAGUUACAUUGUGUACCAAGACUGACAGAAAAUUAAAAGUGCGAUUUUUUUUGCAGAUAUGGCUAGGAACUAUACUCUCAUUUCAGCAUAAUAAUCAAGAACUUUGCUGAUGUAACAUGGCUGCAGGAGGCGCAUUAAUAUUACGCAGCAGCCGAAAAUAGUCCCCUUUGUAACUUUCAAUGGCAGGGGACUAUUUUCGGGCAGUGCAUAAUAUCACUACACCUGCUGCAGCCAUGUUACAGCAGCACAGUCAUUGAUUAUUACGCUGAAAUGAGAGUAUAGUUCCUAGCCAUAUCUGCCUAGAAAAUUGCAACUUUUAAUUAUCUGUCAGCCGAAGAGCUGGAAAAUGAGUAUAUUUUCAAAAAAAGUGGAGUGUCCCUUUAAGUGUUGACCCUAUGAGUCAAAACAAGAAUACAAAAUGACUGGUUCACAAGCCUUUUAUUCAAAACUUUGCUUUGUUUUUGCAAAUCCUUUACAAACAUAAAGCUGAACUAAACAUCCAAAUGAAAAUUCCAUAUUAAAAAUCUCAUAAGAGUUUGA